UCUCUCCCCUCCCUAGCCCUGCGUAAGUAUACCUGUCUUGAAAGUGUCAAUCAGUAAAUAAAAGACUAUGAAUUAUACCUAAUGUAAUACAUCAUAYAAGGUUAUUAAUAACCAAAGCUCCGCCUCCGAUGAAGAGAAUAUAGUAAACGUAACAAGCCACUUACUAAGCUUACUAAUGAACUUUCUUAAGUGAAAGCCAAUUGAUUAUCGUYAAUCUAUCAUCGGUAUCAAUUUGAAGCGUUUUUAAAACAUGGAGAUUUGGGCAAGACCUGGGUUUUAUUAUCCGAUACCAAGCUACCGUUUACCUYUACCUGAGAAUAGUGCGAGAUACAGCAGCGCCCAAUUUAUCUCGUAUUUGAGAUGCACGUGCGAAUGUUAUUGCGAUAAAGCGCUAGAAUCUCGGGCUGAGGCUUUGCAUCGAGUGAGGAGGAUCUAUGACWUGAGGGCACUAAGUGACGAGCGAACUAAGGAUAUUAAUCAUGAUGUAUUUUCAGUCGUCAAACCCGGCAGACGAAAUAGAACAACGUACAAACGAUGGCAGAUCGAGGAGCUUGAACGCGCRUUCCUCAUUAAUCCCUACCCUACCAGUGUCUUCAAGAAAACACUCGCCUUGAGACUGGGACUUAGAGAUUCACGUGUUCAGGUAUGGUUUCAAAAUCGUCGGGCGAAAUCCAAGCGAGACCGUCAAUCCUGCCCUUCGCCAGUCUACUCACCGACAACCUUUGACCACGAGAGCGACAACCACAGCACAUGCGCAGAUGACAUUGAACAAUACGAUGAGGAUAGCCAAUCGAAAUUAUUGGUUGUCGAGAAUAGCGAGAUCGASAAUAACGAGGUUGACGUUGAUGAACCGAAAGAGACUGAACUUUGAGRGAAUAUCGUGACGUCUCAAGAGGGCCUGGAAGCUAGCUGGCCAUUUUGUACCGCGGAGGCUGAUCACAAGAUAACAAUACGCAAUGCUUGUACCACGCACAUGCGCACAAACAAUCGCAAUAUGCAGACAAUUAAAAAAAUGUAAAUAAUUCGAGUGCAAAAACUGAAAAACAAACAAAGAAUACAUCGCUAAAACCUUGCUGAAUUAUUAAUUUAAUUGUAUCAAAAUAAAUGCUUACUAA